UUAGUGCAACAGCAACGCACUAUUUGUAUUGUAAUUGACUUGGCAAAUCCAUCUUGAGUUGAUUGCCAUCAAUACCACAUCCACUACAAGCCAUAUGGGAAGUCUCUGAAAUGUGCUGACACACACUUAGCUAUGAAGUAAUUUUGCCUAGGAGCAGGUUAUUUCCUAAUUGUUCACCACUUGUUUUUUGGCUCACAUCUAUUGUGUGUCAUGCGAUCAAAAUCACAUGCCAUUCAGAGACAGGAUGAGCCACAUGGGUUUGUAGUAGGACUUUUACCUUCUGAGGGAGAGAAGAACUACUGAGAGAAAUUGUUUUUGACUGGCUUGUUUUGAAAUAUCUGUUGUUCCUCAAAUAGACCACUUCAACUGAAGUAAAAUCUUCAUCUUGUAAGGAGGCCCUACUUGAGGCUGAAAAUAUUACCGACCAGACUUUUGGUAACCCACAAGCUGGUAUUAACUAGCACAGCUGCCUUUUAUGAAUGCUGAAAGAAGAAACAACGUACACUGCCUUCCUUCCCAGCUGCUGGCAAUGGAAUAUUGAUGCUGUGCUGAAACUGCUUCUUUAUUUCACUGUUUGUCCCCAAAAAUGUGGAUAUACAAAUGUUAAAGCUGACAUAAAUAUAGGUGUGCAACUCAUUUGUUUCUAUAGAAAUAACUUUUCAUCCUUAAAUUAUUUCUAUGUAGAUAACAGGCUGCAGAACAUUAGCAUGGCAAUGGAAAUAUGCUAUGCAGCACUCCCUUUUGUAUGUAUAUGGAGCAAACAGAAAGGGGAUUUAUACAUAUGCAUUGUUUUUGAUCUUCAGAGUGGAUUUUCUUUCUUAUCUGAAAUCCCAUGUCAUACAGAGCUGUGUGGGGCUGCAGUCUUAUUGCAACAGGACAAUUUGUGUCUUUCUCAUGCAUCAUGGGAAAGCCAAUCAUUGUGGUGAUUAAUACCAAGAAGUAGCACGCUAACAUGAAGAGAUGAGUACUGAACACAUCCUCAGCUGACUGCACUUGCUGAGUAUCUGGCUUCAAAGUUGUAACCUCUGCAGUCAUCACCUGGCCUGCUUUUUAUUUCCUCUGUGUAUGUUUGGGUGUACAUGCCAUGAUGGACUGCAGAAGGAACUUCAUUUUUACAAGGACAGAUUUACCUAGCCCAGAAUUACAAACACGGAAGUAUAUGUUCCAGGUUGAACAUGCACAGUAGUUUAAAAUAAAAUAAAACUGACAUCUAAUCUAUUAAAAUUCACACUCUCAAAAUUAAGGUAUCUAUACACUUGCAGUUGUUACACUAGAGUAGUUCAUGUCUUGAUAUUCUAAUGUUUUAGAUAUAUCUUAUAUAAACCUGCACAAGUAGUUGAGUGUAUUUAAUGUUCAUAUUCAAAUUAGCAAACUUUUGAUCUAAGGCAGAGACAGAUUUAGAGUGGACCUUUGGACAUUAAUCCAGCCCACCUCAAAACACACAUAGGUAGUUCAGGUUGCUGAGGGCCAUGUCAAGUAGAGUUUUGAAUAUCUUCAAGGAUAUCUUUUGAAUAUCUUCAAGGAUGCAGACUUUUCUGGGCACCUUUUCUAUUGUUUCUGAAGGUUUGGGGGUUUUUUCCUUCAUUUUCCCACCUCUCUGCUAUCUGGCUGGCUUUUCCCUUGUUUUCACUUAAGGCCUGUUGCCUCUUGUGCUAUUGUUGUACAUUUCCAUGAAGGGUCUAGACUUGCAUUAAGCAGUUGGUGACAGCAACAAGAUCUCCCUUGAGCUUCCUGUUUUUCAGGCUGAACAUUCCCAAGUCUCUCAAGCCUCUUUUCAUAUGUUGGGUGCUCCAGCACCUCUGAUCAUCUCUGUGGCCUCCCCUGGGCUCACCACAGUGCGUCUAUGAUUACUGCACUGGGGAGCCCUGUGGCUUCUCAAGUGUUGGACAGGAGGGGUCCCUUCUCUUCCUCACUUUUGCUACUCCAGCCCAGACACAUUGCUGGCUCAUCUUCAAGUUCAUGUCUACCAGCACACCAAGGUCCUUUGGAGAGCCACUUCCUAGCCAGGAAGCCCAACUUCUACUUCUGCACUGGGCCUUGUAUGAAGGGAGAGACUGACUCUCAUUUUACAGAUUGAGUCCUGGUAAUUGAUACUAUGUAUCAAUAUAUUGCUGUUCUAAUUACAAACAAUCCUAUCAACAUAAAAGUAGAUGCAAACUUUGCCGAGUAACAACAGCAUCUUAUUAAAAAGGUCAACUUUUCUAAACAUUGAUCUGUUAAGCUGAAAUGUUUCAAACUGCUGUUCCCCCUUACUCUCCCAUGCUUAUUUGUUUCAGAUCUUUAGUGUCAGUUCUGUCCCUGACACUAUUCAAGGAGUGCUUGGAAGUUUUUGUCCUCUCUUGGGAGGAUCUGGUUCCCCUUUGUUUGAAAUGAGAAGCUGAAAUAGGAAAAGACCUCUGUGGUGUUGUUGCAUUACAGCCUGCUGUUUUUCUUUAUGCAAAAAAUCCUAAAAGGUUGUUUCUCAAGGUAGCAGUUUCCAAAUACCCCAAAUAAAUUUACUGUGUUCCUUGAGCAAUUUUAAAGCCAAGUAAACCCAAAUACCUGACUUUUAAGCUGCACCACACAUUUUGUUUUUUAUCUUUCAGAUGCGGAUUUUUCAUCUUAAUGUUGUGGCAUGAGGUGAAAGUCUUGAUUUUAUUAUUGCUGAGGAAGUAGGCAGGAUGAAAGACCGUCUAAGUGAGCUGCAUGAAAUUGCCAGGUUACACAACCAACAGUUUUCUGAUAGUGAGGAUGAUGAAAAUUCACCCCACGAUAUUCUCCUUUAUGAGACUGAUUAUGCCUUGGAAAUUCUUCAUAAGGACAUACAGAACAUUCGGACAGAAAAUGACCACCUAAAAGCGGAUGUCAACCGGCUCAGAAAGCAAAACACCCGCUUCCUUACUUCCAUGCGCCGUCUUAGCAGCAUCAAACGAGAUACUAAUUGCAUUGCCAGAGACAUUAAGGCCCGCGGAGAAAACAUCCACAGGAAACUGCAGGUGAUGAGAGAUUUCUGUGAAGAUGCAAUAACAAAAUAUGGAGCUAUGUCUGUCAUUGCCAGGGUAGCGAAAAACCACUAUGUUGACCUCAUGCACACAUUUCAGGAUGCUAUGUUUGAUUACAAUGCAACAGAGAUGAACCAACGGGAGAACUGCAAGAUCCGAAUUCAGCGGCAGCUUGAGAUCAUGGGCAAAGAUGUUUCUGGCAAUCAGAUUGAGGAGAUGAUUGAGCAAGGCAAAUGGGAUGUCUUCUCCGAGAAUCUCUUGUCGGAUGUUAAGGGGGCUCGCUCAGCCUUGAAUGAGAUAGAGACACGACAUAAGGAGCUGGUCAAGUUAGAAGGUCGCAUUAAGGAAGUUCACGAGCUCUUUCUGCAGGUGGCCCUGCUAGUGGAGGAACAGGCAGACACUUUUGAUGUUAUUGAGAUAAAUAUGCAAAAUGUUGAGGACUAUGUAGGAGAUGCUAAAGAGCAAGUGAAAAAAGCUUUGGAAUACAGAAGGAAACAUCCCCUCAGAACAAUCCUCUGCUGCUGCAUAUCAUGUUGCAGAAGGAAAUCUCCUGGGAAAGCAAGUACACCUGAAGAAGAAAGAAAACAGUCUCAUGUCAUUUUAGUGCUCUUUUCAAGCUUAAAAAUAACCUCUCCUUUUGUGUAAGGGGAGUCUGCCCUUACAUAAGGGCAAACCAGUAAGCUUGGAUUAUGACAAGGGAAUAGAAAAUGUGCAGCCCUGGCAAGCACUGAGCAUUGUCAGUGAAACAUAUAUUCAUAAGGUCUCGUGAGUGAUUAUAGCUCCUGCUUCUGGAGGUUUUCCAACUAUAUUUCUAAGAGGCUUUCUGAUACACUGUGAUCUAUUGCUAUCCUUUGAAACAAUGCAGGACAUUUUUUCAAAAGUUAGUUACUUUUUUUAAACUGAUUAUCCUAUUUGUAUCUAUUUUAAUAAAUAUAUUUCAACAUUUCAAGUAUUUUAUAUUUGGGAGUUUUCCUCAGAUGUGUAUAGAUGUGCAUCUUCCUGUACCAAUCGCAAUGAAACUUCCCCUUUCUGUUCUUUUGCACCCUAAUUUCAUAUGUGAAAAAACACCCAAACAUUUCUUACUAUUUGUAUUACUAUGACAAAACAGCAAAAUAAAUUCAACUUCCAAGCUUUCAUAUCCUGGUGGGAAAUACUUCUUAAACACAUAGGCUUUUUUACACAAAUAGAAACUAAGUGGAUAACUCUUCUCAGAAACUGAAUGUCUCUUUUGCUGUAGCACUUCCCUGUGAUAACAUGGAAGAGUGAGGAACACCAAUCUUCUAAACUGUAAGGUAUUUUGAUAUUCAGUGUGUCCUGAUGAUAUCAGUGUUAUGCUUGUCUGUGGACCUCUCCAACAACCCAAUGUUCAAACUUGAAGUGAGAGAAAGGAGGGUGAUGAGCUACCACCAUUGCCAGUAGCUUUGGUGCUGCUCAAGAAGACAAAGUCGUUUACUCCGUAGGUACUCCCAUUCAAGUCAGUGGACUUGUGUAUUUGUAGAGAAAUACCCUAAACCUCCGAGGGUGAGCAUGUGGGGAUAAAUCAGUGAAGAAUGAAAUAUGUAUUUCCUUUGAUCUGGAUAUUCCUAGCGUGUGCCAAUGUUUUUGACAAAAAAUAUGUGCAUGUUUUUCUUUGUGUUCAUUCCUUUUUUUGCACAUAUAUAUUUACAAAUGGAAUAAAAGAUUUAAUAAGGGAAACUGAAAGUGCAGAGUGUUGUACAUUGAAUCGGCAGCUGUGAACAGUUUCUUGCAUUGUCAAAGUUUACUUUAAAAGUUGAUGGACUAAACUCUUGAGUUGGUGAAAGAUUAAAUAAUACCCAUAAAGGAAAAAAAAGUAAAUUAGAUGUGCUGCAUUUUGAGAUAGACAUAAAAAGUUUUUUUCCAAUAAAAGCCAUAGAAAAUGA